AAAUUAUGAUGUCGCUACAAGCGCACUGCCUUCCUUCUUGGAUGGCGUUAAAGUGUAUUUAAGGUUAGAGAGCUGAUAAUUCGUGUGAAAAAGACCAUUAAAAUACGUCAAGUGUUAAAUAAUAUCAUUGACAAUGGCAGGUGCUAUCAAAAAGACUACACAUAUAAAAGGAUUGGCUGUUUGCACAAGACCUCAUUUAGAAUUAACUCCAUUGUACAAUAGAAUUUUGCGAAUGUUGGAGAAGUUUCCAAAGGAUUAUGCUUAUCGAAAAGAAACAGAGAAGGUUGUCAAAGAUCGAUUGAAGAUCGUGAAAGAGACUGCCGAUGUACAAGCUAUAGAAAACAAGAUAGGCUGCGGACAAGUAGAGGAACUUCUAGUACAAGCAAAGAAUGAGAUGAUACUGGCAGAAAAGAUGUUGAUGUGGAAACCAUGGGAGAAAUUAAUGCAGGAAGCACCGCCUAACCAGUGGACAUGGCCACCGCAUAAAUAAUUGAAUUUUGUUAUACAUAGAUGUUUGUAUAUAGUGUGUGAAAUUGCAAAUGAAAUAUAAAUUAACUAUUAUUCAAUGUAAUAUUGCAUGUAAUAAAUAAUUCAUAACUUGAAAAA